CCUGAUAUAAUGUGGUGAUCAUUUUUGCCGGACAUCGAGCUAUCUAUCAGUUUAAAGAAUUGUUCUCAGUGGCUAACGUUUAUAGUCAGCGGGUGAACAAAAAACAUGGGGAAGAAGGCCGUCGACGAGGAUAAAACUUCAGUGGCAGAAGCUUUCAUGAAUUUCCAAAUUGAAGUCAAAAGAAAGGAAAUUGAAGAAUUCAAGGAGGAUGUUGCACAGUUUGAGGGGAAAAAAAUGAAACUGAUCGAACUGGUAGGAAACGUUAUUUAAUUUUAAAAAGUAGUUGAGAGAGCCACAAUAAUGGAGGCCAUAAGUCACAGCUGGACACAUGCACAUCAAACUGGUAACGGCGUUGCUGCAUUCACAGAGGGAUCAAUUACGUGAGGAGCAGAAAAGCCACAUCACAGUGUUGCGUAAACAAGCGAAAGAGCAGGAGCGGAAGCUUGAACAGAGAGGAGAAGUGAACAAGGAACAGGUUGAGGAGGCUCUCCACCAGAAUCUAGAGCUGAGCCGCAAUAAAGAAAAGGAGCUUGCAGAAUUGAACCAGGACCUAAAGAGUCUUGAGGAGCAGGUGCUGGCUUUGCAAGCUGAGAAGGAGGUUUGGCUGCAGUAUAAAAAUGUGGGUGGACACAAAGAUAAAGAGCAGAUUGAGCACCUAAAGGAUGAACUCUCUGGAUUACAAAAGGGGUUUGAGGAGAUGGCAGAAAAUAUUCACCGGUCCUUGGAGGUGACUUUCAAUGAAAUUGAUAAGAAAAAAGUUCAGUUGAUGGAUGAGAAAAAACAACUAGCCACAGAGAGAGCAAUCGAGCUUCUUGACAAGAACACGCGCCAGGAGGUGAAAGAGAAUGGGUGGAUGAAGAAAGAGGUUGCGAUAUACAAAACGGAAGUUUCUGUCAUGGAAGUAGCAGUACAGGAGCUAGAGGAAGAUAAUCUGAAGUUCACGGGUGAACUGUUUACCGAGCGGUUGGAGGACCUACAGAUAUCCAGGAAUGUCUUUCUCACUCAAGCAGCUGGACUUGGACCGAGUGAUUCUCUCACAUUGGAGCAGACCUUUAGGAAAACAGGAGAGAGCGUUCCUGGCCACCUGGCUGUCGUCCAGGCAGCACUGGAUGGCAAGGUGACCCAGACUCGGCCUUUGGAACUGGGGAGCGGUGAGCGCCGGCGCAGCAGCAGCUUCCUUGCAGCCACGACUGAAGAGGGCUGGCCACACGACCUCACCGAACUUCUGUACGGCAGCCAGACCUACUUCAAGGUAAGGCAAUGGCGUCAUGCCACUACUUCCUUUCAGCUACCAGUGAAAAUAAAUUAAUCUAAAGAAGUUUGAAUCGGAGAUCUCCAUUGUGCCGAUACAUUAACAGAAACUAACCAAUAUGUUCUUGAAGAGUUGCCUUCAUUCCGGAAGAAGCCGCACAAUUCCCUGCAAUCUAGAUUGAGCCUCAUUCCUCUAAGAAUAUAGAUGUAAGAUUUUUCCAUUCAAGCUUUUAAGAGGCAUUAACAGUA